CUUGCUUCAGAACUGAUGUUUCAAGCGGAUGUCAUAAUAAUUCACAUUCAGACUCUACUCUCUUUCCAUGUUUUAUUUUUCAAACUGACGUCAAUCCGCUUAUCAUUAAAAGCGUUUGCGUUUGAGCUGCUUUUGUCCGACCGCGCGAGCUAGCGAGAGGAACGCGCACGGCGACCGCAUUAACACGACAAAAAAGCAAAGAGAAUCCUAAUUCCUAGGGCUCUUAAUUCUUCAUUUGCAAAGUUUUUCUUCGUCAACGAAUAACGAAGUCCUGCCGCGAUACAAACACUGGAAUUGAAACUGAUAACGCGGGAGAUAAGAAAAAAAUAGAAAAUGGACCUUGUCGUCGGAUCAGAAUGGAGACGUUGGUCGAGGAAAAUGGAAACCCUGGCGCAAGUGACCCUCUCGGAAAUGAGGAGGUCGGAACUGUGACUUCGGUAGGAGACCAGGACUCAUACUCACAAGACUCGACUACUUAUAAAACCUACCUGCAGGUGCAGUCGGUCAUUCAACCAAAUCAACAGUCAGUUAUCCAAACCGCCACCAACAUUCAGCCUGUGCAGCUGUCCAAGGGCAACGUCAUUCUGGUCGGCAAACCAAACUCAGUCAUCCAAACGGCCUCAGGCAACCUCCAGACCCUGCAGGUUGUGGAAACGGGCUCUGACGACAGUCUAUCGGCUGACGACGAGGGUUCUACCAAAAAGAGGAGGGACAUUCUCUCGAGAAGGCCGUCUUAUCGCAAAAUACUUAAUGACCUGGGCGGUGGUGAAAUUGCAGUUAUUCCCGCCGGUGCCAUUCAAAUUUCUAGUGGCCAGGGUGACGGAAUGCACACCCUUACUAUGACCAAUGCUACGUCAGCAGGUGGAGCCAUUGUUCAGUACGCGCAAGGACAGGAGGGACAGCAAUUCUUUGUUCCUGGUAAUGUGUUGGUGGCUCAAAAUUCGAGCGGGUCGAUGCAGUCAGCGCAGCAAAUGGCAGAGGAGGCGGCCAGGAAGCGGGAGUUGAGGCUUUUGAAAAACAGGGAGGCCGCAAGGGAAUGUCGGAGGAAGAAGAAGGAGUACAUCAAGUGCUUAGAGAACCGAGUAGCUGUCCUCGAGAAUCAGAACAAGGCGCUCAUUGACGAACUCAAGUCGCUCAAGGAGCUCUACUGCCAACAGAAGGUCGAAUAGUAGUGCAAAUGUGAGCAAAAACUUCCCUCUUCGAAUGUUGUUGUUGUCCAAAACCAACUUCCGCAGUUUGUUAGUGAGUUGCUGACCUGGUACAUCGGCGAUUCAAGAGCUGUGAUGACUGGCUUUCAUAUAAAAUUUCUUUUUUGAAAGUUAAAUAUUUUUGUCGAUUGUCAAGUUGGAGUCUGACCACUAUUAUUACGGUUUGAGAUGCAGUGAAUUUGGUAUCACACUAUUAAUGAAACAAACUUCAACUGGACAUGGCUAACAAUUUUAAGUAAUGUGUUAAUACAUGUAUAGUGCAUAUAUUCGUGUGAGAGUCAUGGGUCUCGACUUUUGGAAAAGCAUAAUGUUCCGAGAAAGUGUCAACUUUUGGUGGGGUAAAUAGAAAUGGCUGCAAGUAACUUUUAGCAGUCUCGACAAAGCAAAUUUUUAUUGACUCAUGCUCUGCGCAGAGUACAUUUUAGUGCCAUACUCCAGUUGUAACUUGUUCUAUAUUUCCUAUGGAAUGAAAAAAGCGCAGAAGUCAUAUCAUCUGGAGUUUAGAGAAGAUUAACUGAUACAAACUUUGUUUAACUAUGAAUUAUUAAGCACUUUCCUUUUCCUAGAAUUAUGUUCACAUAUUAGUUUUGAACUUCUGUUUAUGUUGAUUUGCCAAUUUUUUGGGAUGGAACCACCACUACCAAUCGAGUACAGACAUUUGAACCAAAAUAUCCCAGGGAUGUAUUAUGUCGUGAAUGUAUUCAAAUGUGCCUGAACUGUUGCAUAACUAUUGCAGUUGUUUCAAUGACAAUGAACAUGUUUUCAUUUGUCUUUUAAAAAGAUGUAUCACACGCAAAAAUUUGUAUGCCUCAAGAUCACUUUCAAUGAUUUGUCGCCAUGCUUUACUUCAUGACAUGAUCUCAUCAUGCAAUGUACAAAAUGUCAAUAACAAAAUUAAUUCUUAAAACAUGAA